GGCUGAGGACUCAUCAAAAACACCUUGUGUAAUGAAAAACCCAGAUCUAUAACCUCUCCCUAUAUAUUCUGGAUGCAUUGAGGUAGGCUCAAACCCUCAGGGACCUGGUGUAGACGCGGGAUCUGUUUCACACAACUGCCAUUUGAAGGAAAAAAAAAGAAGCAAAUGAUACCAAGACAAGCUCCUAAGAGAGAUCUAAUCAGCAGAUGUGUACGGAUGAAAAUACAGUGAGAUGAGUCAGAAAACGGCCAAGGAGGGUCCCAGACUCUCCAAAAACCAGAGGUACUCCGAGCACUUCAGCAUCCACUGCUGCCCGCCGUUCACCUUCCUCAACUCCAAGAAGGAGAUAGUGGAUCGGAAAUACAGCAUCUGUAAGAGCGGCUGCUUCUACCAGAAGAAGGAGGAGGACUGGAUCUGCUGCGCCUGCCAGAAGACCAGAACCAGGCGCCGCGCCACGUCCCCUCAGAGGCCCAAGAAACAGCCAGCUACGCCCCCCGCGGUGGUCAGAGCGCCAGCCAAGCCACGGUCCCCUCCGAGGUCAGAGCGUCAGCCACGCCCCCGCCCAGAGGUCCGACCGCCGCCCGCCAAGCAGCGUCCCCCUCAGAAGGCCAAGCAAUCGCCGCGCAGCAGCCCCGUCCGAGGGCCGGGCGCCAGCCGCGGGGGGUCCCCCGUCAAAGCUCCUAGGUUCUGGUAACACCAUCUCUUCCCUUGUGCUCCCCCAGCCCUAAGAUUGAAAAGAAGGAUUAGGCCAACCCCAAAGAAGAAGUGACCAAGGGGGAGUUUAAAGUGAAUGAAUGGCCUCGGCUCCUGGACUCAUUGCUUCACAACCCAUCUACCCUUGGACAAGUUAUCUGGCUUCAAAUAUUAUGCAAGGGCAAACACCUGCUGAUGCAGCAACUGCUGAUGCUCAUGGUCCGCGUGGCAUGGGGGCCUCAGGGCAGCCUGCCUGGAGCACUUGGAAGAUGCCAUCCCAUUGUCUUCUGACCUCUAUAAUUGCCACUGAGAGAUCUGCUGUCAGUCUGCUUAUCCUUCCAUGAUUUAUUUUUAUUCAUUCUGCUCAGGACUCAAGUUUCUUCAAUCUGAAGAUAUAUGUCUUUCUUCAGGGACAUGUGGAAAAAAAAAAGAUGUUGCACAACCGUCAAAAUUGCAAAAAUAAAAAAAAAUCAAGUGUUGGCAAAGAUGUGGGGAAAAUUCUCAUAGCUACUGAUGAGAAUUUAUUAUGACGCCUUUAAAUUGCAAUCUGGGGAUACUAGCAAAGGAGGAAAUUGUAUAACCUGUGAUGAAGCAAUUAAAAUUUUAGGCACCCAUUCUAGAGAAAACUUGAAUUCAUAGAAAAAGGAGACACACAUAAAUCUGUUCAAUGAAUCAUUGGCAUUAAAAAGAGAAGAGAGAGUUAAAAAAUUUUUAACCAAAAUGUCCACCAAUAAAAUGAGUGAAUCACCUGUGGUAUAUUCAUAAAUAAAAAUCUUAAGUAGCAGUUAAAACAAAUCAGAUAUACACACAUUGAAUAGAUAAAUUUAGAGCACAAAAUGAGGAACAUAAAAAGCAAAUAGUAGAUGGCAAACAUAAUAUAAUGUACUAUGCAUAAAUUUUAACAAAGCACAAUAGUAUAUUGCAUAUUGCCCAAUAAGCAGAAGCCGUAAGGUCUCAUACUUUCCUUAUGAUACAAUAGAAUAAAAAUGACAACAAAGUAAAAGGGUAUCCCAAAAAUAAAACUAUCAGGAAAAAAAAAUUUAAAUAACUCCUGGUUUGAAGAAAUAACAGAAAGUAAAAGCUAUCUAUAAAUGGUUAACAAUUUUAGGUGGACAUAUUUGUUUGAAGAGAUAGGUGGAAUAUAGAUGACAAGCCUGGGGUAUCUUCAAGGUUAUACGUCUUAGAAAACAAAAAUACUUGUUUGGUUUUAAUUUUGGAUCUGGUCUCGUUCUUGUGGCUCCAGAUGAUUUCUGACAUGGAGAAAAAUGGGGAAGAGUUGAAAUACAUCCUUCCACCCAAACCCUCCUUUAGUAAUAGCUAAGAAAAUGCAGAAGAAAAUAGAAUGUAGCAGAAUGUGGAGGGAUGUAAAAUGGACAGUACUAGGGUAGAGGGAAGCUCAGAUUACAGGAAAGAAAGAGCACUAGGGAACCAUCUUGUGCUAGGAACUGCUGUGGCCAAGCACAGUCAGAUGCCAAAAGAUCCAACAAGGCCAUGGCUCUGUGCCCUUGAGUGAGCACAACCAUUCCUAGCCAAGUUUAAGAGGCAAGUAAAAAUAUGGGGGCAAUGUCAGACAAAGUCUUGUUCAAGUUAUGGGGCUAGGAUAAGAGAGAAUGCCACAGAGUAGGGAGGAAGAGCGAUAGAUCCAGGUGAAAUACAGCUCAGAGUGCCAUGACCCCAGGAAGAAGAAUCAGGCAAGUACUGUCCCAAGGCAGCUAGAGGGUGAGGGCAGAGUGUCCUGGUUUCCUUACUUGGGGAUACCAUGGCUAUCUGUGGAAAUUCCAAUAAAAAGGCAGGAAAAUUUGACUGGAUGGAAUCCAGGUAGAAAUGUUUCUCUUGCCUAAAUUCAGGUGCUAAAUAAACAACAAAAUGGUAACCUCUGCUACGAAGCGUUUCCAACGAUGGGAUAUCUGAGGCCAUUACAUUCCUGGAAUAACAUGGUGAGGUGCAGGGUGGUGGUGGUGGUGAAACAUUCGCCAGACCACGGUAAGUGAGAGCAAAUUACUGGCCCGGCCCAACCCACACCUAAUAAGAAAUUUAAUAUCCCUUUGGCCUGUUUUAGAUUUUGGCAAAGCUAGGCCCAUAGUCAGCGCUUGCUGGGCUCUCCCUUCCACACCAUCCAGAAAACAUACAUUUACUGUGGAAUGAUUGUGGAGGUGAGAGUAUAGUGCAUAUUAAUUCAUGCAAAAAAUUAGAUGUUAGUGCAGAAAUGUAAAUGACAAGAAACUACUGAAUUCUCUGUCUGUUGUGGAAAUAAAACCUUCUGGGGAUGAAUCAAAACUAUCUGACAAUUACUUGAAACAGGUGGAGAGCUAAAUGUAAUGUGCCUUGGAUAUUAUAACUAAAAGGUGCUAUAAUCCA